GCGCCCACGGUCCCUGCAUGUCAUUUUUCGGCUCCCCUGAUCAUCUCGGCGAAGAUGUCCAACAUGCGGAGCCUCGCUUGCAGCUCAAUCUGAUUCUGCGAUGGCUUCACCUACCGUGGCCAAUGUUGAGGAUGGUAUCACUGGCCGUCGUCGUCCCCACCCUCCUGAGGCUGUCCAGGGAUGGGCGCAGGAACAUUGCCCUGAGCCGGCACCGAAGGCCGUGUUUCUAUGCCCUGCCUCAGAGCCGGCGUCCAGUACAUCAGCAAGAUGCUCCAAAGAUGCCAUCGAAGCGGCUCGGCUAGGUCAACUUCUUUCAUGGCAGCGUUGCCAAAAUGUCAACAUACCGAAGAUCAAACUCACGGGCGACCUUGGCAGUCGCAGGCGAUCGUGCAGGCGGCUCUGCAGGCUUUUGGCGCUUUUGAGGCUGUGUUUGCUUUUUGAGGCCGCGAGGGUCCGUGUGGGAGAGGCCGAGGAGGCACUCCAACCACCUUCGGAAUCUGUUUCUUCCGAGGCCAGGCAAUGCAGCAUCUUAAUGCAGGUGAGACACAGGACUGAGCUCCUGCAGGCCCCUGCGCUGAAAGAAAAAAACACACAGCAACCAGGCCUCCGGGCUCAGUUCAUCAUCCGUAAGAUCGACGACGCUGGCAUCCACUGCACAGCGAAGGGUUUCUAUCUCCAUGUGACCUUGUCAGAAGCUGACUGAACGUGAGUGAAUUUAAAACAUUCAUGUAGGUCUGCCAGUCUAAAAAACUGUGGUUGGAACUGGAUGGUUGAAUAUCAUCAUCUGCGAUCUCCACAACACCACUUGAUGGCUCCUGGAUCAGGACCCUUGAAAAAGAUGUUUGUCUUUGCGAGGAAAGGCAUGGGACCAGAAUCACCAUGCAACCCCCGCAUCCUCCAAGGCUUCAUCUGGCAAGUAGGGGGAAAAGUCCUCUUCGCUCCGAGGCUGCGCGUACGGCAUGUUCUGCCACAUCUCUCGCUCCUGCAGCACGAGGCUGCUCCGUCUUGGCCAUCCUCAAUGCCUGAGAUGGGCGGCGGGAGCGGGAGUGGACAUCACUUACUUGUGCCCACAAAAGUGAAAAAA